AUGCGAACCCAUGGGAAGCUGGUAUUCAGCACACACAUGCAGUCCCCGACACGGAUGUCAAGGGUUCUCAUGCGCAGCAUUUCAGUGCAGAGACUCUGUGAUGUGACUGGAGGAAGGAAACACACGUUGACAGCAAUGCCCAAACUGGAAGCUCGACGCAGGUAUCAGGUUGAAUUGUUGCCAUAA